GUGAGUUGUUAACUGUGGUGGUGCGUCGGGGUGACGGGCAGCAGACUGUACAAGUGUGGGACUGCUUCACCAACGAACAAGACUUACUAGUGAACCUCACAGAUAGUAACACUCUACAAGUUACAUCUAAUGAGUACAUCAACGUUGCUUACGACUGUCCUAACAGAUGUUUCAAGUUCAACAGUGGCACCAUUCAUAAAAGUUUCACUAGUGGACGUGAUGGAUCUUUAAUCUUCUACGGACGAGCUACUGACUUACGGACAGCAAACUGGUCCUUCAACAUUUUAAAAGGCAACGAUAACUGGAACAAAAAUAGAUAUAGGAGCAACAUCCAUAUUGAUAGUAAUUGUUGGAUAACAUUCCAAGUUGACCCACAAUUCAAUUUCAAUAAGAACAAUAAACUUACACUGAAUGUGACCAUUAAGUACAAGACUGUGUCCAGCUGCAGCUCACAGCUGAUCAACGUCACAACGUCUAAGUAUGUAGGAAGUGUUCCUGACAAAGACUUGUACAUAAAUUUCAAGAUGAGCGAGAACGUGAGUUGGGCGACCAGACUCUGCCAUCCCUGGCAGGAGACAAACAUGGUGACGUCAGGUGAGGAACAACCACAUCUUACCAUAUCAUCUACACCAUCAACAACUACUGAUAAUUGUUCAUCAUGUACUGUCUCAGCUUAUGGAGUAUAUAUCAACCACGAAACAAGUGGCAUCGAAGCAUUAACAAACUUUGGCAUGGCCGGGGAUCGAUCCCGCGCUACUUUGGCCUGCUUCGUGGGAAGUUAG